UUCUUCUCCUUAGUCAAAGGAUCCUGGGUCAUUUUUUGUCUUCACUAUUGCCAGCCGAUCAAACUUGCUGGCUCAGUGGUUUCCUUCCAUCUUUCCUCCCAAACAAAGGCUCUUGGCUUUUGUAUUAAUUGUUUCAUCUCUUCUUAUCCAUAGGAAUUCUUUUCUAGCUCAUUAUUUUCUUCAUCUUCUCAAACUGUUCCAUACCUUAUUAUCAAUGUCAACCACAUCGAGAUACACCUAUUCUACUUCCUCUUUUGAGUCACCGUAUGUGUCUCUUGAUCUUCUUGCAUACUUAAACUCAGGCAAAAUAACACCAUUCCAUACAUUCAAAGACGUGGUCAUACCAGAACUUCAAUGCCAUUUAUCCAAGGUAAAGAAAUCACUUCCUCAUCCCCCACAAAAAGAUGAAGCCCGAGACACCAUUAACGGCAAGAAUGAGGAGGACAAUUCUAACUGCGAUGAUGAUCUUGAUCCGCAUGUAAUAUUUGACGACAUACAGAGUGACCUCAACUCCAUCAACAAGGCCUGUCGUGAACUGAAGCUUUGGGCAGACCGUGUCAACCAAGAAAUCCAAGCAUUGAUUCUACAGGGCUUGGAUGAUGCCUUCAAAGCAAGAACAGAAGCACUAGAAAUUUCCCUCAGAAUCGAACAGCUUAGGAGAACCAAGGAAGUUGUCUCGAUGUUAAAGAAGCAAAUUUGUUCAUCCCCACAACUCUCUCCAGAUAGUUUGCAAUCUGAAAGCCUUCCUCAUUCCAGGUUUUCUAUGAGAACUGACUUUUUACCGGAAUCACCGGGCCAGAAGCCAGAGGAAAACAUCAAUCAAAUGUUCAUUAAGAGCUUAACUUUGAUAGAGUUUGAGGAGAAAUACAAAGGUCUAGAUGAUACACAAAAGAAGUGUUUGCUAUGUUUCUCUGUUUUCCCUGAAAAUGAAACCAUAAAGAAGAAAGUUUUGAUCCACUGGUGGGUUGGUGAGGGAUUUAUAGAUGGUAAGACUGCGGAGGAGACUGGUAAUAAGUACUUCAAAGACUUUAUCGACAAAGGCAUCAUUGAGCGCGUACACAAAAAGCGCAGAAAAAACUCCGAAAAUUGCAAGAUGAAACCUUCAAUUCGUGACACCAUAAUUAAGCUUGCGGAGGAAGAUGGGUUUGUCAGUUUUGAUUCAAAGGGAAAUCCCACUGCUGAUUUCUCUUCCUGUCCCAGAGUGUGUCUAGUGAAAACCGAAGAUGGUUCUUCGCUUCGUGAUUUCACUUAUAUUUAUCAUUAUUUGGAGCAUGAAAAAAUUCGAACUUUGUUUAAUGUAAAUGAGCCUCAGCUUAAUUUCAGGGUGGGCAGGUUUUCAAAGAUGAAGAACUUAAAAGUUCUUCAGCUGGGAAGGUGGAGGGCCUCUGCAAGGCAACUUGUUGAAGUAGAGGGCACUGAGUUCUUGCAAGGUAUGAAGAAAAUGAAACAGCUUAGGUACUUUAGCCUUCGUGGAAUAUCUAGAAUUACUGAGCUUCCAAACUCAAUUUGCGAACUCAGUAAUCUAAGGAUACUGAACCUUAAUGGCUGUGAUAACUUAGAGAAACUUCCUGAUGGAAUAGGCUCACUCAAACAGCUGACACACUUAGACAUGUCUGAGUGUUACUUGAUUAGUCACAUGCCCAAAGGACUUGCUUCUCUCUCGGAACUCCGAGUCCUUAAAGGGUUUGUGAUUGGUAAACCAAGGUCUAGAGGCCACUACUGUGAGCUAGCUGAUUUGGCGGAGCUGGAACAGUUGAAGAAGUUGAGCAUUCAUGUAGAUAGAACAAGUGAUGAAGCUAAGAAAGAGCUGGAUUCUUUACCACAAUUUAGAAACCUCCGGUCUUUAUCAGUAGCCUGGUCAAGUAUAUACAAUGCACCCAUUCCCACAACAACAAAUGUGGCACUGGCAACAUUCCUGAGAAAUGUGAGCAGGGAAAAAUCAAUCAAAACACCAGGAUCUUCGUCACAUCAUGCUGCUUUAGACAAACUAGGCCUCCAGAAUUUCCAUGGUUCUAAGAUGCCUGAUUGGCUUAAGCGCUUAAAUCUGAAGAACCUAAAGAAGCUUUACAUAAGGGGAGGAGAACUAUCCGACCUGCGCCUUAUGAAGGAUUACAAAUGGACCGUGAAAUGUCUACGCUUAAAGUCCUUGAGUCAAUUGAGGAUGGAUUGGCAAGAACUGCAACCUUUGUUUCCAAACUUGGCUUAUGUGGAGAAAGUUGAAUGUCCUGAACUCAGUUCCUUCCCAUGUGAUCAGAAUGGAGAGUGGAUUCACCCUGAAGCAGAUACAGAGCAGGCUUAAGCAUUUUGCCAGAUUCACAACAAGUCCUUUCCAUUGUAUCUUUUUAUCCAAUUAUUCAGCACUUUGUAAUAUCGCCAGUUGAGUAGUUAAUAGUGUUCCUAGUUUAAAUUUUGUGCUCCAAUGCACCUUCAAUGAAGUCCACAAAAAUAAUUUCUUAUAUGAAAAUUUUGUUCACUCUUAUCAGCCAUUUCU